UUGGAACUCCUUUGCGCGCGUCUCCUCGUAUUCAUCCUCCAUCCUCCGCAGCCAUUCCGGACCAAGCCCGCGGGCCGUAGCGCGGCAGUUGCAUGCGCCAGCUCAGCCCUGCAAGCGCGGGCGGCGCGAGCGCGGGCGAUGUUCACGGCAGACGGCUCCGAGGUGCGGAACCCUAGCGCCUUCGUCGCCAAGAUCGACAGGUACGAGGGCGGCCUCUUCACUGCGGACGGGGAGGAGAUACGGAACCCGAGCCGCUUCGCGUCGCUGCUGCUGAGGAACGGCAGCGACGCGAGCUCGCUGAGGUCGCGCUCACCGCGGCUGCCAGAGCGACGGACUUCCAAAGGCGGCGCCAAGGGUGACGCCGUGCUCUACAAUGGUAGCGGCGAGCCAAUAUGGAACCCAGAAGCGUACAUAGGCAGGAUCACCAACUACGACGGCGGUUUGUUCACCGCGGACGGGCAGGAGGUGAGGAACCCGAAGGCCUUCCUGGCUGGGCUCUCGCGGGCCAGCCCAAAGGGGGGCGGCAAGGGCGACGGGGAGGCCAUCCUCUACAAGGCGGACGGCACCCCAAUCUUGAACGCCCGCAACUUCGUCGCCAACAUCGAGAGCUACCGCGGGGGCCUCUACACCGCGAGCGGCCAGGAGGUGAGGAACCCGCAUGCCUUCGUGGAGGGCGCCGACGGCAGGCGGGGGCCGACAGCGGCACGGCCUGCACGGGAAGAGGCGCUCGCCUACAAGAGGGCGGGGGGCGAGGGGCAGGCCUCGGGGGCGAGGAGGGGCGCCAAGGGCGGCGGCAAGGGCCCCAAGGGCGGGGCGCCCCUGUACAAGGCGGACGGCACGCCGAUCUGGAACCCCGAGGCCUACGUGGCCAAGAUCUACGACUACGACGGGGGCCUCUUCACCAGCGACGGCCAGGAGGUGCGGAACCCCCAGGCGUUCGUCGCCGGGCUCGGCGGCAAAGGCCGGCGCUAGAGGUCGCGCACACCGGGCUCGGUGAUGUGCACAGCAGCUUCGUGUCGUGCCGACGCGGAUCCGCGGCCCCGCCGCGGGUGUUCAGAGCUGACCGCCGCCAGUGGCACUGUCAGCCAGUCGCGAUCUUGCGAUCGGGAAGCCGCCGGUCGUUCGAGGUGGAGCGCUUGCCGCGCGGUGCCCGAGGCCAGCGCCGAAGCCGCCCCCGCACGAGCCAGCCGUGCCUUGCUGGGGAGCGGCGCGCGCAUGGGGCCGGCCGGGGGCCACAAAAAGCUAUACUUUCCGCCACUCCUCCGGGCUCGAUCAUCCUCAGGACUUUAUCAGCCUGGAACCUAUCCC